AGGAAACACUUGUUUGUGUACCGACUUAGAAAGCACAUCCGAAAAUGAGUGGAAGAGGCAAAACCGGCGGAAAGGCCAGAGCGAAGGCAAAGACCCGCUCCUCCCGUGCCGGGCUCCAGUUCCCUGUCGGCCGUGUCCACAGACAUCUGAGGAAGGGUAACUAUGCCCAUCGUGUCGGAGCCGGAGCCCCCGUCUACCUGGCGGCUGUGCUGGAGUACCUGACCGCUGAGAUCCUGGAGCUGGCUGGAAACGCUGCCCGCGACAACAAGAAGACCCGUAUCAUCCCCCGUCACCUGCAGCUGGCUGUCCGCAACGACGAGGAGCUCAACAAGCUGCUGGGAGGAGUGACCAUCGCUCAGGGCGGCGUGCUGCCCAACAUCCAGGCUGUCCUGCUGCCCAAGAAGACUGAGAAGGCCACCAAGAAGUAAAUCCCCGGAAUCGACUUGAUCACACAAAAAGGCUCUUUUAAGAGCCAAACACACCUCCAACUAAAGCAAGACCUCCUUUAGUUUUAUCUAUAAUGUAAAUACAUGUAACUCUACUAUAGGCCAACAGCUAGCUACUGCAACAUGUUUACUCGAUGACUGCUGAUAAAGAGCGUAGUUUCACAUGCCUUUUAACCCUUAAAGGUAACAUGUAUUGUUAUUAUGAGACUGAUCCAGCUCCGGUACAGGAGGUCCUUUGUGACAGCUGCCAUAUGUGUAAUCUUCCCUCUGUGUCCGGACAGGGGGUUGCGAGGUGAAGCCUCGCGCUCUUUCAAUUAUCUGAUCCGUAAUUGCUUAAAGGCUAAUAUUAUAGUUGUACUGGAUGUAUGUUUUGGUUUUGAUAUGUUCAUGGCUCUCUCCAAACUCUGCUAAGGGUUUGCCCCUUUUAUUACAUUAAUUAUUAUUUGAUUAUUAAUCAAAAAAACAAUCCUGUAUAAUAGCAUAAUUGUUAGUCACUCAUUUCAAACUAAAUCAUACUAUAACUACAACAUUUAGGGAUGCAACUGUCACCACUUUUCUUUGCAACAUACUCGAAUAAAUUGG